AUGACUUUAACAGACCAGCAACGUGACCGGAGACGUGAGAAACGACUACUGCGACGAAGGCGAGAAAGAACCAGCAACAAGACUGAGACCCAAUCGGACGCCGGCAAUGCUGUCAACAGUGGCACCACUCAAGAAGUGACCAUGGCAACCGCACCAUUACCCACGACGACCGCUGCACCCACAUCGUCGUUUGCAACCAACCUUGCUCCACAGAUCUCUUCGUUCCCUGCUGAGCCCACGCCCGCCACCAACGCGUUCUCUAGUGCCUCCCUUCAACCACCGCUACCUCAACACCUUUCUCCAGAAGUCAUACCAACCAUCACUGCAGACGAGACAAACAACGCACCAGGCAUCCCCGGUACCAUCGACAAUAUGGAUACCACAAACACCGCUUUCUCAAGCCAUCCAGCAACUCUCGAUCUCGCAGAAACCACGCCACUCACAACCUCAGCCCUAUCACAACACGACCCCAAUUUCGCCUCCACAGAAUCCCGCAAUUCCAGCAGCUCUCCGGAGCCGUUGGAAGACGAAGAAGUAGUCCCAGCAGCGCCCAACGAGGCCGAACUGAUCGCCCUCACCGGCAACAUGGGAAUCCGAAACAAGAAUCAUCCGAUCCCGCAACGAGGUGCAAUGACCUGGUCGAUAGAGACCCGCGUCGGCAACAAUGCGGCGCAGUAUGCCUAUCGCAUGGGAUUCCGUGCUGGGGAGUACAGCACGCGUACGAUCAUCGACGUGGACGCGAUCGACGAGGAGGGGGAGGAGGAGGGGGAGGAGGAGGGGAGGGAGGUAAUUGAAAUUGAGGACAGCGAUGAGGAGGCUGAGAAGAUGAGCGUGGGUAGUGGGGCAGCCGCAGGAUAG